CUCUAGUGGCGUUGAGUUGGUGAAAAGUGUCAAACAAAAUGAGCUAGUUUUCGUCAAUUUUCGCCAUAUUCUGGAUACGAUCAAGUUAGAAAAUACUUCCACCCCUCUUGAGGAAGCAUGGCUUAUAGGGAUGGCGCGUCAACUCCUCCAUAUAUGUCUGGGUACAGUUACAGAGGCUUUGGGGUUGACUCCCCUCACAGAGCAAGCAUCCGCUCCACAUCAUCAUUUCCAGGGGCAAGUGGAUCAGUUUCUUCCUUCCAUGACAAUCUUAGAGCAUCUCCAAGAGGAACUGUUCCUCAGACUAAUAGCAGAGCUGUUGUGUCAGCCCUAAAGGGACUGCAAGAAAAGAUUCGUAAACUUGAGCUGGAGAGAGCAGAUGCAGAAGAUAAUCUGAAGAAAUUAGCUGCUGAAUCAAGACAUUACAAGGAUGUGCUGCAAAAAGAACUCACUGUCCGUGAAUCUUCACAAGGAGUUAUUUCAAAGCAAAAUAAACAGUUAGAAGAUGACCUUCAAGGUGCAGAAGCUCGAUGUAAUUUAUUGGAGAAACAGUUAGACUAUAUGCGUAAGAUGGUCCAAACUGCUGAAACUGACCGAGAUCAGGCAUUACAAAGGUCAGCAAUGGUUGCUAAACAGGCUGCCCAGCAAACCUCUGAUGAUAUGAGAGGACAGUUUGAGAAACUAGCUGGGCUUGAAAGGGAGCACAUGAAGUUAACUGCAUCACAUUCUAUAGCUGAGAGUAAAAUUAGGGAAUUGGAAGAACAACUAAGAGAGGAGGUCCAUCAAAGAAAACUGGUGGAGAAUAAAACUGCAGAGCUGGAAUCAGUCGCAGAAACUAACAGAAUACUUAUGAACAUGGCCUCGCCACAACGAACAAAGCCAAAGAAAAAGAAGCGAAAGCCUCCAAGACCUAAACCAAGAAAAUCAAAUCAGCCUGUUAAACCUUCGGAUCACUACCAUUUAAAUUUAGGAAAUAUUCCAUUUGUCGUCGGCCAGUCGACUACAAAAUCACACUCUCUUGGAGCUAAUGUACAGACUGUGCUAUCUUUAAUGAAAGCCCAUAACCCAGCGCUGUGUCACGCUGCUGCACGACGGGCUCCGAAAAGACUCCCGCAAAGUGCGGGUUCAGCGAGUGCCAGUGAUUCAGAUAACGCUUUCGAGGGGCUUCUCCUUGGACUACAGGAUGAGUUUGGACACAUCACUUUCGAGCAUCGAGAACUUUCUCGUCAAAUACAAGAAUCCGACGAUCCAAGAAUACAAGAAGAUCUCAGAAGAGAGCUUGAAAACUUAGAAGCUCGAAUGGAAGCAAAAGGAGAACAAAUCGCAAUGGUCCGACGACAGCAAGAGAAAGCGAAACGACAGCGCAAGAAGCAGAAGACAAAAGCAGCGGUUAGGCCUAAGAGCGCAAGCGCUGUCCUACCGGCGAGUGGUGGCGAAGUAGAGGUAGUGACAACUGUUAAAACGAAACCUGCUCGAACUGGAGGCACAGUGAAAGAUACUUUAUCAGUUUAUAAAGGGAUGAAGACGCUUCAAACUUCGCUUGGAAAGAAUCAAUAUCAUUGGGACUAGCCAAGCGGAUGUUUCUUGUCCGAAGGGUGGAGGGAAAAGGUUGUUGAGGUGGGAAUAAAUAUACUUGUGGGAGGGUAGGGUUAUAUUAGAUAGAUAGGUAAAAGAGAAAGUUUUUCAAACAGAAGACUUAAAGUGUUCAGACAUGAUACGUGUGGAACUUGCAAGGAGUGAAGAACUGAAAAAAGAGAGAGUGUGACAAUCCGAUCAUUGAUUUGUUUUUAUCAAGAUCUUUAUUGACUUGCCCAUGAAAUUCUUCAAAUUUAAAAUAAAGAGAAUGUAAAAAGAUGACUGAGAGAACUGACGUUUUAAUAUCUGAACUCAAAAGUAUAAUGCCUCAUUGUACUUUGACUGAACACUGAACAAGCAUGUGGAGACUAGCAGUUAUUUAUAUAUAUAUAUAUAUUGUAUGGUUUUCCUUCGUAAGAAGAUUUGUAAUUAUAUACAUGGAACAAACUUAUUCUGAACUCUUCAAUAAAAGUAGGAUCUCA